ACGGAACAAAUUACCAAAGGCGGGAGCCAUGCAAAGAGGCGGUUUUCAUGCAUUAUUAAUCGGACUAUUUGACUGGUGAAUUUGUGAAAUUCACUAGCGUAAGGCUGUUUAAAUAUGCCCCACUCCUUACAUUUAGGGACACUGGCGAUCUCCUCCUGUGCUUCGCCUAUACCAGCGGUGUCGGUCCAGAAAGAUGUGUGAAUAUUACAUGUGCAAUGGAUUCAGGAGCGCUUUCAUCGAGAUGGUUUCGGUAUUUUUAUGACAAGUGAAAAACGCCCGAGAAACUGAUCGUUUUUUGUUCCCAGUUUGUUUUUCACUCUCGAUUUUCUUGCAUUAAGUUCCUGGAGAAUAAAAUAACACUGCACGAUGAGCCAAAGUGGGUUAAACGUGCUGUUCCUGUACCUUCUCUCUCAUUUUGCGUGCGUGUUUUGCGCUUUGAGUGAAGAGGAUGCUUUUUGUGGUAAAAUCUUAAGAGCUCCGGCUUUUAGAGGAGGAUUUAAGGGGUUUCGCCUGAGAGUGCAGGGAAACCUACAUCAUUACCGACCUGGAAGCACCUACAGAGUGACUUUGUCAGCGACCGGCUCCGCGUAUUUCAGCGGUUAUACUCUAUUUGCUUUGAAGGAGGGUAAGAAGGGCGAAAAUGCGGGCGGUUAUGCCGGUACCUUUCAGGUGAUAAAUGAGGCCGACUCUCAGUUAAUGAGAAGCUGCCCCACCGCCGUGACCGAGAUACCCCCCCGGAGGCACACGAAGGUCCACGUGCUCUGGAAGGCACCCCCUGCUGGAACUGGCUGUGUCAUCCUGAAAGCGAAUGUCCUAUGGAAGGGGGUCAAUUCUUUCCGGAAUGGGGCCUUAGUCACCAGGAGGAUGUGUGAGGAAGAGCAGCUUCAGGGGCUGGAGGAGGCCACGCCAUCAUGCUGCGCCUGUGGGACAGCCAUGUACAGACUGACCUUCUACGGGAACUGGUCAGAGGAGCUCCACCCCAAAGAUUACCCCAAGGUCUCCAGCCAUUGGUCGGCCAUCAUUGGGGCAUCACAUUCGAGGAGCUACCGGCUGUGGGCGUAUGGGGGCUACGCCAGCGAAGGCGUCCAGCAGCUGGCAGAACAGGGGUCCCCUAUCAGGAUGGAGGAAGAGAUCCGAGAGAAGGGUGAUGAAAUCCUGACUGUCAUCAAGGCGAAGGCUCUGUGGCCGGCCUGGCAGCCCCUGGACAUGAGGCCUCCACCCACGGCGGAGUUCCUGGUGGACAGAUUACACCACGUGGUGUCUUUCCUGACCAUGCUGGGCCCCAGUCCGGACUGGGCGGUGGGGCUCUCCACCCAGGACCUGUGUACCCAGGAGUGCCGCUGGGUCCAGGAGCUGGUGCGGGAUCUGCUGCCCUGGGACGCCGGCGUAGAUAGCGGGGUCUCCUACGCGUCCCCCGCCAUGCCCACGGUGCCCCGGGAGAGAAUCCGACCCCUGACCAGCCAGGAAAACCCAGCAGGCCCCUUCUACGACCCAGAGGGCAGACCCGCGAAGCCCGCCGCACGCGUGCUGCUGGAGAGAAUCGCUAGGAAGCAGGGUGAGCAGUGCAGCCUCGCCCAGGCUACUGGUGAUGACGUCAUCGCGGAUGUCAAACAGAGGCAGGAAGCUAAAGACUGCAGGGUGGGGGCCCGACCUGGAUGCAGCAGCCCCUUCCUCGGGGCUCACGCCGCACGCCGCAUUCUGGGCGCCAGGCUAGGUGGCGCUCUCAAGCUACGCUGUGCCCUGGCACUGAGAACGGGAGGAGGCAUCUGUCCUGGAGUGGGUGGGGCUCCCAGAGCUCGGAACUCGAGGAGUCGGGACGCGGCAGUGGGCAGUAAGCCAACCAGUCAUCAUCACCAUCAUCAUGCUCAUCAGCAACAAGAACAUCCUCAUGGCCUCAUUCAAUCUAAUAGCAGGAUCAUCAUCCUCUUCAGCAAAUUGAGAAGUACUUGUCAUGAGAGGACCGGAGGCUGAGUGCAAGCAGCUGCUCUGCUGCCCCCUACUGGUUCUGCUGCAGCAUUGCAGGCUGAGAGCAGCAUCAGCCUGGUUUUACGUUUUCAGGACACUGAUGUUAAUAGCUUUUCCCUGUUCAUAAUAAUAAUAAUAAUAAUAACGAUUAUGAUAAUAAUAAUAAAGACAUAUUGGAUCUAGAGCCAUUUAAAACUCAUUUUGACUGCAUGAUUUAACUAACUAGCCGUGGCAGCAAACUGGUUAUUCAGGUCAGUAAGAGAGAACCAUAUUCUCAUAAACAGUUCCCUAAAAAGACAAAGCAGAGGCUGACAUAGAAACUGCAGGAAGAGGAAUCAGCAUGAAGGGAUGAAGAGGAAAGCAGCAGCUGAGGAAGAGCAGCAGCACAGAGCCGGUGC